GAAAGCGGAAGUGCUUCGAGUAGCUUUCGUCGUCAUCCGGGUUGAUCUCCGUCACAGAGGAUCCAGGAUGGCGACUCACAUGUCGAGGUGCAGAACCUGGAGUCGGGUUCAGAGGUAUGGGAUAGCAGCUUACCGGAAAUACAGCAGUGGUGGCGGAUACCCAAAUAUCUCCCUCUCUACACCGUUGCCUGGGAUCCCCAAACCAGUGUUCGCUUCAGUGGAUGGUCAGGAAAAAUAUGAGACCAAGAUUACCACUCUAGAAAAUGGCCUCAAAGUUGCUUCCCAAAACAAGUUUGGUGAAUUCUGCACAGUUGGAGUUUUGGUUAAUUCGGGAUCCAGACAUGAAGCAAAGUAUCCAAGUGGGAUUGCACACUUCUUAGAAAAACUUGCAUUUUCUUCCACAGCACAGUAUGGGAGUAAAGAUGAAAUCCUUCUUACGUUAGAGAAACACGGGGGGAUCUGUGACUGCCAGACAUCCAGAGACACCACAAUGUAUGCAGUGUCUGCUGAAGUGAAAGGUCUGGACACAGUGGUCAGUCUUCUGUCUGAUGCUGUUCUACAGCCUCGCCUGCUGGAUGAAGAGCUCGAGAUGACCAGAAUGGCGGUGCGCUUUGAGUUAGAAGAUCUCAACAUGAGGCCAGAUCCUGAGCCAUUACUCACUGAGAUGAUCCAUGCUGCUGCGUAUCGAGGCAACACAGUCGGACUGCCUCGUUUUUGUCCUGCAGAAAAUGUGGAUAAGAUUGACAAGAAUGUGCUUCACAGUUACCUGCGUAACUAUUACCGUCCAGAGCGCAUGGUGCUGGCAGGAGUGGGCAUCGAGCACGAGCAGCUGGUCGAAAGUGCCAGGAAAUACCUGCUGGACGUAAAACCAGUGUGGGGAACGAGUUCAGCGCCCAACGUGGACCUCUCUGUAGCACAGUACACUGGUGGCAUCGUCAAGAUGGAGAAGGAUAUGUCAGACGUGAGCCUUGGCCCCACCCCCAUCCCAGAACUUACCCACAUCAUGAUCGGCCUGGAGAGCUGCUCCUACCUGGAGGAUGACUUUAUCCCAUUCGCUGUGCUCAACAUGAUGAUGGGUGGAGGCGGCUCCUUCUCUGCAGGAGGACCCGGGAAAGGCAUGUUUACCCGACUGUACCUGAACGUCCUUAACAGACAUCAUUGGAUGUACAACGCCACCUCCUACCAUCAUAGCUACGAGGACAGCGGCCUACUGUGUAUCCAUGCUAGUGCAGACCCCAGACAGGUGAGAGAAAUGGUGGAAAUAAUCACCAGAGAGUUCAUUCAGAUGGGCGGCAGUGCAGGAGAGAUGGAGCUGGAGAGGGCAAAGACUCAGCUGAAGUCCAUGUUGAUGAUGAACCUUGAAUCACGGCCGGUUAUUUUUGAAGACGUUGGUCGUCAGGUUCUCUCCACAGGAAAGAGAAAGCUGCCACAUGAGCUCUGUCAUCUAAUAAGCAGCGUGACACCUGGUGACAUUAAAAGAGUGACCACCAAGAUGCUGCGCAGUAAGCCAGCUGUCGCAGCGCUUGGAGAUCUCAUGGAGCUGCCCUCGUACGAACACAUCCAGGCCGCCUUGUCCAGCAAGGACGGACGUCUGCCCCGCACAUACCGCCUCUUCAGAUAGACCCGCAUCAUCACUUUACAUAAACUGGACUUGAAGAUUACACUAGUGUUCCCUCCGAACACGGAAAUCACCACAGCUUACUGUGAAGGGUGACAAAUACCUCUGAGAGAAGGGGUGAUUUUAAAGAAAUGACACAUUGUACUCUACAGUAAUCCUAGUCUGUAUACAACUGUAUUUUUGUUUUGUUGCCAGGAAGUCAAUAAUUCAUUAUUUUUAUGGGAGGUUUGCAGGAGUUUGCUUUUAAAGAAACACAAAAUUAUCAUGUAAGGUUCCCAUUUAAAAACCCCAUCAGUGUCACAGAGCCACUCAGAGUAGACUGUGUUCUGGAUGCCCCUAAAACUCUUUCGUUUUUUUUAUUCCACCAUUACUUUCUUUGCAGAUCGCAGCUCUCUAAAAAUUCUUUAUUCCAGAGUCAGUGGAUUAAACUGUUAUUUAUACGACAAGACUUCAUAAUGUCCUUUUAUAGGUACGGAGACAGCAGAAAGUUACAUAAUAUAUGAUUAAAAACAAAAUGGAGAUUUUUGGAUCAGUCACUGACUUGACUGCUUGUCCUCCAGACUGAAAUUGUGAUUCGUGUAUUGUACAGUAAAAAGAUGGUUAAACAAG